AAUUCAUACACCUAACAAAAUAUUAUACCCCAAAUCCAACGGACCGAUACACACCGAAGUUGCGGGGAAGGAAUAGGUAAAGCUAAAAACCUGAGAGGGCAAAUUUCUUAUAUUCAUUCUCCUUCUGAAUCUAAUCUCUAGAGAGAGAGAGAGCGAGAAACAAUGGCGUCGACACUGUUGAAAACCUUCCUGGAUCCAAAGAAGAACUGGUUAGCUGGUGUUCACAAGAAAGCCAUAGCUAAUCGUCUCACUCACUACGGUCUUCGAUAUGACGAUCUAUAUGAUCCAUUGAUGGAUUUGGAUAUCAAAGAAGCUUUAAAUCGUCUACCUGUUGAAGUCGUUGAUGCAAGGAAUCAACGUCUUAAACGUGCCAUGGAUCUGUCUAUGAAACACGAGUACCUUUCUCCAGAAUUGCAGAAAAUGCAGACACCAUUCAGGACCUAUCUUAGUGAUAUGUUGGCCCUGGUAAAGAGGGAGAAUGCAGAGCGUGAGGCACUUGGAGCUUUACCUCUCUACCAGAGACAAAUCCCGUAAUUGGGGAUUAGUUUUCUUUUGUUACUCCCGUCGAACAGUGUUAUUAAUAAUGUGGCUACAAUGUUUGAGAGGCGUCAAUUUAUACUGUUCUUCUUUGUUAUUUGGUUCCAUAUUUUUACAGCAAUCCUGUAAACUUUUUAUCCGAUCUGCCUCCUGUUUUGAGAAGUGGGUGAAAUGGCAACGUGUCUCCUCUAUAAAAAAAAUUAGCGCAUUUUGUGAAUUUUGAAAUCCUACUGACAAGGAAAUGCCUGCAUAAAAACAUUUUGCAGGCAUUUCAUAAUUA